AUGAACCGCGCCGAGUCGAGCGCCAACGCGUUGGGCGAGGAGUUUGUGAAGAACAUGAAUGCAGCACUGGACAUUGUGGAGUCUCUCGUCGAGAAGGGUGAAGCCCAAUUCGCCAUCCUGGCGAGUGCCAAGUCGACGUUCUGCGUCGGUGCUGACAUUGAUCAGAUGUACACCGUGACGGACCCAGCAGUGGCGGUGCAGGUGCCGACCGUUGGGCACCAGCUCUUCAAUCGCAUUGAGCAGGAGAAGUUCCCCAUUGUCGCUGCUAUCAACGGCCUCGCCCUCGGCGGUGGCUUUGAGAUGUCGCUCGCGUGCCAUCAGCGGCUAAUGGCCUCCACUGCGAAGGUGGGCUUUCCGGAGUGUAUGCUUGGUCUUCUGCCGGGCGGCGGUGGCACGGUGCGGACGCAGCGGUUGUGCGGGCUUACCAAGACGGUGCAGUGGAUCAUGACCUCGAAGCAGAUCAAGCCUCAGGAAGCCAAGUCGGCUGGCGCGUGUGACGCUAUCAUCUCCGCCGACGACCGGUGGAAUGGCGAGCACCGCUUCUACGAGGGCGUGCGCAAGUGGGCUGGGCAGUACCUGUCCGACAAGCCCGCUCGCUUAUCGAAGCGGAAGAACAUUUCGCUGAUGGAUCAGGUGCUCGAGCGCACAACCUUCGGCCGCCGCAAGAUCGCGGACGAGACCAUCAAGAUGCUGAACAAGAAGACAAAGGGCAAAUACAUUGCGCAGUACAAGGCGCUGGAGUGCAUCAUGUAUUCCGCCACGCACAGCAACCAGCAGGGCUUUGACAAGGAGUGCCGCGGCUUCGCUGAGCUGCUGUGCAGCCCAGAGGCGAAGAACCAGAUGUCCCUGUACUUUCUGCAAGAAGGCAUGAAGAAGAGCGCGGACAAGACGGGCGUGCCCAAGGAUAAGGUGAUGCCCGUGAACCGCGUUGGUGUGAUUGGCGCUGGCGUCAUGGGCUCCGGCAUUGCGCACUACUUCGCCAAGAACAAUAUCCCGGUGGCAGUGAAGGACUUGAAAGAGGAGUCCGUGAAGCGGGGCAUCACCAACGUCCGUGCCGAGUUUGAGCGGGCCGUGCGCCGCAAGCGCAUGGUAACGGCAGAGCUGGACCGGAAGAUGGCCCUCGUGACGGGCGGCACCACCAACGAAGUGCUUCGCGACGCGGACGUUAUUGUCGAGGCCGCCGUGGAGGUGAUGGACAUCAAGAAGAAGGUGAUUCAGCAGCUGGAGCAGGACGGCGUCCUCCACUCCAAGAGCCUCUUCGCCACGAACACGUCCUCGCUGAGCUUGACCGAGAUGCAGACGAUGGCCAAGUGUCCGCACAACAUCGUCGGCAUGCACUUCUUCAACCCUGUAUCGAAGAUGCCGCUGGUGGAGGUCAUCAAGGGCAAGAGUACUUCGUCCGAGGCCGCGGCCGCCAUCUUCAACCUCGCCCUCAAGACGGGCAAGAUCCCAAUCAUCGUGAACGAUGGCCCGGGAUUUCUGGUGAACCGCAUCCUCGGUGUAUACAUGGCAGAGGCCGGGCGGCUGGCGGUGGACGAGCGGUGCCACCCAGCGUGUGUGGAUGAGGCUAUUCUGGCCUUUGGCAUGCCAAUGGGGCCCUUCCGCCUCUUGGAUGAGGUUGGCCUCGACGUCGCCUGUCACGUGGGGCCGGUACUGACCAACGGCCUGAAGAGCGACCGCUUCAGCGUCAGCACGGCCAUCUCCCAGAUGGUCAAAGACGGCUACCUUGGCCGCAAGAACAACAAGGGCUUCUACACCUACACGGCGGAAGGGAAGGACGCGGGGCUGAACGAUGGGCUCCUGCAAAAGUAUCUCGGCAAGGAGCUGAGCGCCUCCGUCUCAAAGACGGAGAUCGUGGACCGCUGCGUCUUGCUCAUGGUGAACGAAGCAACCCGCAUCCUCGAUGAGGGGAUCGCGAUGUCACCCGAGGAUGUUGACACGGGGAUGGUGUGGGGCACCGGCUUUCCGCCGUUCCGUGGCGGGUUGCUGCAGUACGCCGACCACCGUGGCAUCGCCAACGUUGUUGCGGCGCUGGAGCAACUGCAGCGGAAGACGAAGAAAGACUACUUUGCCCCCACUGAGACACUGAAGAAGAUGGCCAUCGAUGGCAACCGCUUCUUCUCGACUCGCCCGUACGUGCCGUACCAGGAGCGCCACGGAUACCCUAAGGUGACGUACUAG